AUGCCCUCUGAAAUCAAACCUUUCGACUCCACUAUCCCCCAAACAGAAGUCGAUCGCCUCUUUCGCAAGCUAGCCGAUACAAGAUUGCCUACCCAACCCAUUGUACCUGAUGCCGGCGAGGACUAUGGACCAUCACUCGAGUGGGUACAGACAUUGUACAAUCACUGGCUCAACAAGUUUGAUUGGGGGAGAGCACAAAAGCAGAUUAAUGAGUGGAACCAUUUUACGACUGAGAUCGAGGAGUUAAAGAUACAUUUUAUACAUCAGAAGGCGGAGAGAAGGGAUGCGGUGCCGUUGUUGUUGGUUCAUGGGUGGCCAGGAACAUGGUUUGAGUUCCAGAACGUAAUGCAACCCCUAUUGAAUCCUGAAAACGAUACACAACCAGCUUUCGAUCUCGUUGUCCCGUCGCUACCAGGGUAUUGCUGGUCGCAAGGUCCACCGAGGGGACAUACCUUGCAGGAUACUGCGAGGUUGUUCGAUGAGUUGAUGAAGAGACUUGGUUACACGUCCUACGCCGCCCAAGCCGGAGAUUGGGGUCACUGGGUCGUCCGCGAACUUGGCUCUGGUCGGUAUCCCAACUGCAAAGCAGUGCACACGAACAUGUGUCCUGGCGCACCCCCAGAAGGCACUAGCCUAACGGAGAAAGAAAAGAAGGGGAUAGCGAGAGCGGAGUGGUUUCUAGGGAAGCCGCUAAAUGAGACGCAUAUGGGGUAUGCGAUUGAGAUGAGAACACGACCGCAGACUAUUGGCGUGGCCUUCAACGAUAAUCCCGUCGGGAUCAUGAUGUUCUUUGGUGAAAAAUACAAUGAACUUGCUGAUCCAAGUUUAGGCACAGCGACACUCGUUAACGAGCAGUGGCUACAUGAUCUUUGCACGACGCUUUCGUUGUAUUUCUUCACGCCGCCAAGUGUCAUGACGAGUAUGUUAUCCUAUUACAACAAUGUGCGUCACGAAAUGUACACCAAAUUCGACGCCAAAGAAGAAAACCUGAUCCGCGUGCCUCUGGGCGUGAGCACGUUUCCCUACGAUGCUUUUCCUGCGCCCAAAAGUGGUGUCGAGACUACAUGUACGGAUCUGAAGUUUUUCAGAGAUCAUGACCAUGGAGGACAUUUUGCAUGCAUGGAGUGUCCGGAGGAGAUGGUGAGGGAUAUGAGAGAAUUUUUCGGAAAAUGGUACAAGGUCUGA